AUGGCGGCUUACUCUUCGAAAAGAGUGCAAGGUAUUUUGUUCGAUUUUGACAACACGCUUGUGCCCACAGUGGAGGCCGACCUGUACGCAUUUCACAAAGCAAAGGAAAAGCUUCUUGAAUUUUUCGACGCUAAAGAUGCAGAGAACAUCGCUUUGAAGUAUCAAACACUCGUCACCAAGACAAACCCGUGGGCACCGGACUCUUUCAAAUUUGAUCAGCACGCGUGGCGAGUGAAAUUAUGGGAAAAUGUAUUAAAUAGUGAGUCUGGCGAUAGUGAAAAACCUUCAGCAGUUGAAAUGUACGAGGUGUGGAGAUCAGCACGGCUUGAAAAAAUGGUGAUCGAAAAUGAAAUUUCAUCGCUUAUCCAAGAACUGGCAAGAGACUACAAAAUUGCAAUUGUCACCAAUAGUGACUCAGUUAUCCAACAAGAAAAGAUCAAAGCAUCUGGGGCUGACAGAUUGUUCAAAACUAUCGUGAUAAGUGGUGAUCACCCGCAUCCAAAACCACAUCCAGAGAUUUUUAACACUGCUUGCUCACUGAUAUCUGUUGAUCCACAGAACUGUGUCAUGAUUGGAGAUAGUCUUGCUCAUGAUAUACAAGGGAGUAAAAAUGCUGGUUUAAUGGCUUCAGUGUGGAUAAAACUUAAAGGAUGUAACCGAAGUGAAGAGGAUCCGGGGCCAGAUUUUACUGUAGAUUCUGUUCUUGAUUUACCAAGGAUAUUGGAUGAGUUAAAUUCUCCCACUGCAAACUAAAUUGGCAGUAAAUGCAUAUAUUUCCUUGUCAAAAAAAUUAUGAUUAUUGCUGUUGUAGAGAUGUUUUACAGAUUGUUACACCUUUUCAAUCUUU